AUGUCAAAUAUAUUUUUUCCUCCGUUUCCGCCAAAUAUUUCCGUAAAUGACUUAAUAAAACCUAUGAAUCGAAAACAAAAAAAGCCUAUUAAAGCGCCUAACGCAUUUAUAAUUUAUCGAAUUAACUAUUACUACGAAAUUCGGAACAAUCGAAACAUAUCUCAGCUAGAGGUUUCUUCCAUGGCGAGUCAUGCAUGGAAGCAAGAGCCUCCAAACGUCAAAGAAACAUACUAUAAUCUUGCCAGACAGGCCAAGGCGAUUUAUUUGGCCUUGAUCCAAAAUACUGAAAAUCACAGCAAUAUCGAUAGCAAUCAAUCACAAAAUGUGUAUGAGAAUGUUCAAGUGACAACCGAAAGCGACUCCUUGAUCAAUAAUCGACGAAAUGGAAUUAUCGAGGAGAUUAAUCCUCUCGUAUCUGAAACCGUUGAAGCGAAAGAGAUAUCUUCUAAUUCUAAAUUUGAUAAUUUCGAGUUUACUAAUAUGCAAUAUCGCAUUGCUACUCUAGAGAACGAACUCAGCUCAAUGAACGCUAUGCUCUCUCAUGUUCUACUCUUGAGAAUGAAAUAG